AUAUUAAUUUGAACCUCAGAGAGAAAACAGGCUGUUGAGGACAGCAUUGAAUUAUAGACUCUAUUUAAAAAAUGAUGAAGUUGCUUUUCGCUUUAACGUUUGUGGCCUUGUGCCAGGCUGGGCCACUGAAGAACAAUGUAGCAUCCAGACUGCAAAGACCACGUUUGACUGAGAUGACCACUCGCGAUGAAAAUUUCCUACUCUUCGAAUUCAAAUGGACUCCAGUUGAAAGUGGGAUAUGGACCGACCCUUUAAUUGGUUACAAGAUGCGAGUGUGGGAAGUGCCAGACGCACCUUCGACAAACCAACGCAAAGAAUACACUAUGUCUGAUGGAAAAUAUAUCGUGCAAGUAGCACGACAAGAAGAAGCAGAAGAAGAGGCUUCGGACGUAACCAAGAGCUUGGAGAAUAUUUUGCUGGCGGAGAUCCGCACUCCAGCAGACUUGGUCACAGCCCCAUACUUCAACGUUAGGAUCGGAGUCAACUAUGAAAUCCGUGUGUCAGCUUUCACUGCCACAUACCAGAGUUCUUAUUCUGAUUAUUAUAGAGUCAGAGUUAUGCCAGCUAUACCCCAAUCGACCUUGGACUCUCAUUCUAUUAAGAUUAAACUAGACUAAGCAUGCAUUACAAUUAAAUGAAGUAUAAACACAAUUCC